CAACCAGUGACGCUAAUUUUCGCGGUUUAAUUCGUGACGUAACUCAAGUGUUUUUAAAACCUGUUAUCGCUUCAAUUAUGCUUUGACGUUACACUUGUAGCAAAAUUUGUAUAACUAGUUACAUACAGCAUGGAACCGACCAGUUUUCAUCAAAUUCCCCGAAGGUAUGAAGACACGAAACCAGCUAUUGAGCAAGCGUUUGCUCAUAAAACUAUUUUAGACAUCGGCCAAAGAAUAUCCGCCAAGUCACAGGAGAAGAUAGAAUAUGAAAAGCGAGUUGCGCUGGAUGAAUGUGAGGUGAAAACAUGGAGGAAAGCUGAGAUAUACAAAGACAAGUGUGUUGAUGAUGCUGUGAAGAAGGUGGAGGCCAAACAUAAAAAGUUUGUCAGCGAUCUUUUGAAGAAACACGAAGAAAAAGUGAGAAAAGAAGUUUCAAGGAUAGAAGGAGUCACUCAGCACAUUGGGGCGCAAAACACUCUCAUUGAGCGACAAAAAGGAGAGAAAAAGUUAAACGAAGUUGUUGCGAAACUUCAUUCUCUUUUUGAGGUGGAAAAAUCUGCAGCUGUGGAAGCAGCUCAGGAGGAGGAGCGCUCUAUUGCAUCACAAAGGGAGGAGGACUUGAGGAGAGAACAUGAGAUUAAAAUGGAAGAGCAACAUUCUGCUCACGAGGAGAAAGAAAGAAACAACUUGGAGGAGUUACGGUUGCUCAUGGAGGAGAAAAUGAGAAAAGCUGUCGAAGAUACAAUCUUGGAGCAAGAGGAAAGAGCCAAACAGAUGGCACAAGAGAUCACAAAUAAUUUCAACAAAAGAAUCACUAAAAUAAAUAAAGAAAUGAUUGAACUUACGGAAAAGCAACGAAAAACUGAAACUGCAUUAAAUGAGAUGGAAAAGUUAAAGAACAAAUAUAUUGAAAAGUUGAAAGAAACAACGGAUGCUUUUACGUCAUUUAUUGAAAGGUGUCGGCCGGAUUUUUAUGAAGGACAAUCAGACUUUAUUUUACCCUCAAAUGUAUUAGAUGUUUAAAUGCACGUUGUAGUGUUAUCUUUUUACAAUACAGUGUUUCAUUAUAAACGGUGUUAUUACUUUGAUAUUUUGUUGAAAAACGGAUUAAACCUAUCUUCCCUGGUUUUCAGUGAAUAAAAUCUUAACCAAACACAGUCAUUCGGGUUUACAACUAAAAACGGGGUUAUUUCAGUGCAUUAUAAUCCCUUGUUUGUAUGCCUGAGGGCUAUAUUAUAUUCAUAAGAAUAUUUUUGUAAUUUUCUUGGUACCUGAUUUCGCCAUAUGAACAAUAAAACAUUCUUAUACGUUCGUGAAAUAAAGGUGCGGGACGAUUGUGUUACAUUUC